UCGGGCCUCUGUGGUCAGAGCCACUCAGGAUGCUGAGUCCAGGCCCGUGGUCAGCCAGACUGUGCCUCUACUUACCCCUUUCAGCACUGUAGUCACCCAUUGCCUCCCCACCCCUGUACUUCAGGUCCAGCUGGACCACUGGGUCAUUUCUUAGAAGCUACCUCCUUUGGGAGCUCAGAGGUGACCCGUUAUUACCUGUAUUGCAGUCAGAGUGCAAGCAGCCCCUUCCAGCAGGCACUGACCAUCUUCCAGCGCUCGCUGACCACCAUGCAGAUCCAGGUGACGGGACUGCUGCAGUUUGCUGUCCCGCUCUUCCCCACAGCAGAGAAAGAUCUGCUCAGAAUCCAGCUCCUGUUGAAUUCAUCCGAGUCCAGCCUCCACCAGCUAAUGGCCAUGUUGGAUUGCCGGGGGCUGCACAAGGACUACCUGGACGCCCUCACUGGCAUCUGCUACGACGGCCUCGAGGGCCUGCUGUACCUCGGCCUCUUCUCCCUCCUGGCUGCCCUCGCCUUCUCCACCAUGAUCUGCAUGGGGCCAGGGGCCUGGAAGCACUUUGCCACCAGGGACAGAGACUACGACGACAUGGACGAUGACCCCUUCAACCCCCAGGCCCGGCGCAUCGCCGCCCACAACCCCCCUCGCGGGCAGCUUCGCAGCUUCUGCAGCUACAGCAGCGGCCUGGGCAGCCAGACCAGCCUGCAGCCCCCGGCCCAGACUAUCUCCAAUGCCCCCGUCUCGGAGUACAUGAACCAAGCUGUGCUCUUCGGUGGGAACCCACGCUAUGAGAAUGUGCCGCUCAUUGGAAGAGGCUCCCCUCCGCCCACGGCACCGUAUCCUGGGCCCGACGGGCAAAAAUGACCUAGGCACGUGUUUAAAAACACCAGUCCAGGGACUUCACUGAAGACGUAGCCCGGGUGAACCUCGUCAUCAAGCAAGUUUGGAAAAUACCGCUUCAAGGAGGAGGGUCUCACUCUUGAACAUCCAUCACCUGGAGGACUCAUUUCAACACAGGCCGCUGGGCCCACCCUGCUUCUGAUUCAGUAUAUCUGGGGUGGGGCUCGGGGAUUUGCAUUUCUAACCUGUUCCCAGGUAAAGCCUGAAGCCUGCUCAGGGCCAGCCCUCCUCACUCGGCGUACCAGCACUUUGAGGCCGAUCACUGUGGGUCACGGAGCCGUCCUGCGCACUGGCGGAGGUUUAGCUGCAUCCCUGGCCUCCACCCACGCGAUGCCAGUAGCAUCCCCACUCCGUAGCCCCCAGCCCUGACGACUGAAAAUGCCUCCAGACGUUACCAGAAGUCCCUGGGCAGGGGCAAAAUUGCCCCUGGUUCAGACCCACUGGGUUAAGGAGUCUUAGGCCCCCUACUCCCUGCCCCCCAGCUGGAAGCCUUCGUCCAGCUCCGGCGUGAACGGCCUAGACCUGGGCCCCGGAAACAUCCCUGGCGCUAGGAGACAGUCAGGGUCCUGUGGACCAUUGCUCCUUGGAGUUAGCCGCCCAGCAGCACCUGGAGCUUGUUAGAAAUGCAGAAUCUCAGGCCCCACGUGUGACGUGAGAUGUGCUAACCCAAGAAGCCGCGUCUCUACUUCCGGGCAGAGGCUGGCUAACAUCUCCUGCGAACGAACGCUUCAACUUUGUGUUUCUCCGACUUGGCUGCACUUGGAAGAACUUACAAAAAAAUAUUGGCGGCACUUUAUUUUUUUCUUCUCUAAGAUAAUUAUAGUCUUAUUUUUCUCACAUCAAAAGGAGAAAACAACUUAUCUCUCCCGUCCUAACACUUAAUGAGCAACUUGCCAGCGAAUUUCAAUGUAUUUAUCUUGUAACGUAAUCACCGUGACGAUCUUAGUGUCAAGCUUGUUUUACGAACCAGGACAUGAGUCUUAAGAGGGUUAAUGUGAAUUGCGGAGAGCUACACAGCUAGUAAUAAUGAUGCUAAUAAGCUUAGUAAUAGUGAUAACAUUUAUUGAGCACCUGCUAUUAAGCUGAUUCAGACAUAGUCACUCUAUCUAGCAGCAGCAGAUACUGAGCUGCUUGAUCUGCUCUCCACCUCCUCACUUUUCUUAGGCAGGGUCCCAGGACCCAGGAGAUAUGUACCCACCUGCAUGCAGGUGUAGCCCACAGCAUGACUCUCCCAGCUUUACGGAGGGAUUUGCUUUUGCACCACUCGAUGCCAGUUGGUCAAGGAGGAGCCUCAUGGGUCACUUGCCAGUGCUGGUGGUGGCACUUUAAAAGGCUUAAUUUCAUGUUAUGUGUGUUUUAUCGCAUAAAAAAAAAAAUACUGGUGGGUGUGGCCUAGGUUUCGGGAUGCUUUUAGACCCACCCCCGCCCCCGCAGCGUCUCUGGCGCACAGCCAAGUUCGAGAACCCCUGUGUUAGGGGUCUUGCCUGCUUUAUAGCAUUCUGUCCUUUCAGUGGAAGAGCUGAGUGCUCUUAGGUCCGUUGUGCAGGUGGGGAAACGGAGGCUUGGAGUGACGGGAGAACCUCCGCCGAGGUCAUGGGGUGAGUAAGGUGCACAGCUGGGAGUUGCACCUGGCUCUCUUGAGUCAGUGGGCCUGUGCCCGCAGCCUGCUCACUAGGCGGGCUCCUAAGCACACUGGUGCAUUAGGGUGGCUGGUCGGUGUGUGCAUCUUGAGUUUGAUGCUGGGACCCAGACGUCCUGAUGGCUCCAGGGUUGGAAGCAUCAGCAGACACGAAGCCUGCCCAGGCCACUCGACAGUCCUCUGAUAAUCCCCGCGGGGCCUUGACACGGAAACUUGGUGCCCGGCCACUGUGGCUGGCCCAGCUCGCGCUUCCUCAGAAGCUCCAGCAUUUUUGCUAGUACGGUGUCUGGUUUAACGGGUGACGUGUGACCCUGUUCUGACUGUCCCCUCCCCUCUCU